AACUCUCCACAAUACUCUACUUAAAUAUACACACAUACUUAAAUAUACUGUAUACACAUAGUUUACAGUACAGUUGUGGAGGAUAUCAUGGAGAGUCUGACAAUUGAAAUUCAUUCCACUAAUCCGAAAAGUAUUAUUGUGAGUUGCAUAUAUAGGACACCUGGCUCCUGCAUCGAUUCCUUUAUUAAUUCCUUGAUUGAUAUUUUAGGUAAGGUAUGUGAUAAGAAACAAGUUUUUGUUUGUGGUGAUUACAAUAUUGAUUUAAUUAAAUGGAAUGAACAUAAAAUGACAGCAGAAUUUUGUAAUACGAUGUUUAGUUUAGGUAUUUGGCCUCUAAUUGAUAAACCGAGUCGAAUAACUAAAGACAGUGCAACACUUGUAGACAAUAUUUUUUACGAAUACUCGUCAUCAAGUUGUAACGGGGAUGGUUUUAAGACCCUGGGGAGCCUUUAAAGGGAGAGCAGAAGCAGCGCUCUCUCUCUCUCUCUCACCUGAAGAAGUGCAGACACUCAGCAGAAGGCACUCCAAACAUUUGUUGUGGUAGGUUGUGAUUUGAAGGGAAAUAAUAUUUUAUUCACAUUGUACUGCAUUAAAAACAUUAUUUAAAUGGAUAUACAUUUACUUUACUAGAAGAGCAGCGGCAGCAGUUGGGGCAGAUUCAGUGUGGACAUUGUGUGAGGUUUGAUGAUUUAUCUGUCUCUGACAAAAGAAUAACUGCUGGUCCGGGUGCUAGUUAAAAACAACUUUAAAGGGCGACAACCUAUUAACUGCUGGUCGGGGUUUGGUAAAGCUACUUGAAGAUGGGAAACUUCAGAGUGUGAGGCUGUUGUUUGUGGAAAAGGUGUCCAAAGAAAUGAUUCAUCAGCUGCUGGACAGUCUUCUUGAAGAUGGUGUCUUGAAUGAUGGGGAGAAAGACUCAAUAAUCGAGGAAAAUAACACAAAAAACAACAAGGCUCGCGCUCUCAUUGAUGCGGUGAGGCGGAAAGGUGAUGAAUCCAGCCGGAAGAUGAUUGCUCACAUUCAAAAGAAGGACCCUACUCUUUACUCUGAGCUGGGUCUGUCCGAUGUUGAGCCUGCUCAGACAGAUGGAUUUUUCUCGAGGAUUCAGGUUUCUCCAACAAAAUCCUUCUCCAUUGAGAAGUUCUGGCGCAGCAAACAGAAUGAUCCAAAUGUUUACCCUGUGACCAAAACAUCCCACAGGAAUCGUGUAGCCUUGCUGAUCAGUAAUAUUAAGUUUUCUGAUGCAAGAUGGAACAGAAAUGGAGCUGAGGUAGACCACAGGAACAUGGAGAGACAGCUUUCAAAUCUGGGAUAUGAGGUGGUGACAUACAGGAACCUCACCGGAGAGGGGAUGAACAAGGCCUUUAUUAGGUUUGCUAAACAUCCCAAACUAAGCGAGACAGACAGUGUGGUUGUGGUCGUCAUGUCCCAUGGGAAACUGGGAGUGGUUCUCGGUGUCAAUCAUUCUGAUAUGGAUUGUGACGAGUUUCCCAUCAACAACAUUUACACACACUUGGGCUCAGAGAACUGUUCAGCACUUCUGGACAAACCUAAGAUCAUCAUCAUCCAGGCCUGCAGAGGAGGGGAGGGAGGAUCCGGGCUCGUUAGCGAUGACGUGUCACAGCCAGUUGGUGAACAAGGCUGGGAUGAGGAUACUAUACCCAAAGAAAAAGACUUCAUUUGUCUUCUCUCCUUCACCCCUGAUACAGUGUCUUACAGACAUCCAUAUCAAGGGUCUCUCCUCAUCCAGUACUUCGAUGAUCAAUGCAACAGCUCUGCAAAACAAGAUCACGUUCAGGAGCUUUUCAGAAAAGUCAGGCAACGUUUUCAACAUCUCACGGAGAGUAGCAUCCUACCAAAGCACUUCUACUUCUUUCCAGGCCUCUAAGACAGGACUUGCUGUCAACACCAGCUUUGUAAUCACAUUUUAAAGACAGAUUGAUAGAAAGAUGUGUGGUUUGUUACUGUAUGGUACUUCAGUGCUGUGUAUUUGAAUUACAUGAACUUCAUAUAAAAGAACCAUGUGUUAACAUGUCUGUGUGUUGGGUCUGAACUACAUUGCUUUUUUUAAAUGAUAUAUUGACAAUCAAUGAGCAUAUUAGUUUGGAUUUUACUAUUUGUCAUUGUUUUAAGCCAUUAUUUGAAAACUAAAAGCAAAUCUCUUUGUUUGGAAGUAUUUUUU